AUGUCCUCCACUCGCCGGCCCACCACGCAGGAGGCGAUCGAUUUCUUCAAGCGGUAUCGCGAAAAGUUUCAGUCGGAGGUGAGCAGCAAGAACUCACCAAGUCACAACAGCGUCAACAUCUCGGCGCCUAACAUCGUUACACAGGUGCAGCAGGGCGGGCAGGCGGAUGUGACGGCGUACAGCAUCGUGCCGAUGGACCCCCGCAACGGGACAACGCUGACGCGGCUGGACUUGCUGCGGAAUUCGUCCACAAACCGUUCGCCGUGCCUCGAGAUGGACGCCGAGGUGAAGGCGAUGCUGCCACCGCUGAAGAGCGUGCGAGUGCCGAAGGUGACCCUCGUGCUGGACGUCGACGAGACGUUGGUGCACUCCACCUUCCAGCCGAACCCCGACGUCGUCUACGACAAGGUGCUCCAGGUGCCGUCCGAUGGCAAGAUAUACACCGUGAGUGUGAAGUACCGCCCCUACCUAAAGGACUUCCUUCAAUUUGUGUGUCAACGGUUCGAGGUUGUAAUCUUCACGGCGAGCAUGCGGGCGUACUGCGACAAUUUAAUGGAUGAGAUCGAUCCGAACGGCGACUUGGGAAACUUGCGGCUCUUCCGGGAGCACUGCACGCUGUGCGAGAGCUCCUACGUGAAGGACCUCCACCUGCUGGGCCGCGACCUGCGUCGUGUGGCGAUUAUAGACAACAGCCCCGCCGCCUACGCGUUCCAGCAGCGCAACGCCAUCCCGAUUCGUACGUGGAUCGACGACCCCGACGAUCGGGAACUUUUUAAUUUGCUGCCGCUGCUCGAUCGGCUUGCCCGCUGUGAGCACGUGUACUCCGUCUUAGAUGAAUUUAACGCCAAGGGCUGCAGCUUCCAGUAG